GAGUUAAAACUCUCAGUGUUAGACAUGGCACCCAUUAAGUGACCAAUUAAAUUAAGUUCAAUUCACAUAUAAUCGAUUAUGGAUGCUCCUCUUCUUACCCCAUACAAGAUGGGCAACUUCAAUCUAUCCCAUAGAGUUGUUUUGGCACCGCUCACCAGACAGAGGUCUAGUUACAACAACGUUCCUGAACCACAUCUAAUUCUCUACUACUCUCAGAGAACUUCCAACGGAGGCAUUCUCAUUUCUGAAGCUAAUGGCAUUUCUGAAACCGCUCAAGGGUAUCCACACACACCUGGCAUAUGGACAAAACAGCAAGUCCAAGCGUGGAAACCCAUUGUGGAUGCCGUUCAUGCCAAAGGUGGUAUCUUCUUUUGUCAGAUUUGGCACGCUGGAAGGGUUUCAAAUUCAGUUUAUCAACCAAAUGGGCAAGCACCGAUAUCUUCUACGGACAAGCUACUCGCACCACAAGGUCGAGGUGAUGGCAUUGAUGAAGUACAUUACACACCACCAAGGCGGCUAAGGACAGAUGAAAUUCCUCAUAUUGUCAAUGACUUCAGACUUGCUGCUAGGAAUGCUAUCCAAGCUGGUUUUGAUGGAGUUGAGAUCCAUGGGGCUCAUGGUUACCUUAUUGAUCAAUUCCUGAAAGAUAAGGUGAAUGACCGAACAGACCAAUAUGGUGGAUCCCUUGAGAACCGUUGUCGAUUUGCUUUGGAAAUUGUUGAAGCUCUUGUAGAUGAGAUAGGGGCGGAAAGAGUUGGAAUUAGAUUAUCACCUUUUUCAGAAUAUUGUGAGUGUGGAGAUUCAAAUCCCGAACAGUUGGGGCUGUACAUAGUUAAUGCCCUCAAUAAGUAUAGUAUUCUCUACUGUCACAUGGUGGAACCAAGAAUGAAGACUGUUGUAGAAAGAGUUGAAUGUCCUCAAAGCCUGGUGCUUAUGAGAAAGGCCUUCAAUGGCACUUUUAUAGCCGCAGGAGGUUAUGACAGGCAAGAGGGGAUCGAUGCCAUAUCUGAGAACAGGGCUGAUCUUGUUGCUUAUGGUCGUUUGUUCUUGGCCAAUCCAGACUUGCCAAAGAGAUUUGCACUCAAUGCUCCUCUCAACAAGUAUCACCGGGAGACAUUCUACACUCAUGAUCCAGUUGUUGGUUAUACUGACUACCCUUUUCAUGCUGAAGAAUCCAAUGUUGUAGCAUCUUAGGGUAGAGAGAAUGUACUAUGCUAUGCUAACUACAAUAAAAGAAUUGGAUUGUGAUUUGAAGUGGAUUGUGAUUUGAAGCUGUCCCCUAACAAGCAACAAUGCUAACGGAAUUAGGCACUAUUGCUGGGUUCCUUUACACUAAUCAUUCAAGUAUGUUGGUUUGGUAUGGGUGCGGACUGGUCUGGUGUAUACUGUGAUUUGUGAUGUAUGCUGGGGUGGGCUGUUGUUGCUAUCAGAGAGGCUCAACUUUUAAUAAGCUUUUCUUUCCCUGCAAAUUCCUAUUUGCAAUUUGGUUAAAGAUUUUCGUUCUCUUACGUCUCUAGUAAGGUUUUGGAUCCAGUUCAGUUGA